AUGACUCCCCGAGAUCAUAUGAGAAAGAUGUCUAUACUUGGGGAACAAGGGACGUUGGACGAAAAGCACUUAUACCGAUUAGCAAGUGGCAUGGCAGCAGGAGAACUGCGACAGCGACAAGAAAUGCUAAUGAGAAACCAGAUGAUGGCAGUAAACCCUCAGCUAAUGGGAGCAGGCCAGCAGAGAAUGCAGCCAAUUCCUUCACAGUUUGAACCUCGAUUUGUAGACAGAGAUUUGUUGCCUUCCACUGAAAUGAUGGCACCAGCUGACCCAAGACAGAUCCAUGUAGCUUCCCACCUUGGACCUUCGGUCCCACAACAUGCAAACAUGCCAAACAUAUUGUCCAAUCGGGCUUACCCUGGUCCAGGAUAUAGUUUUCUCCAGCCAGAAUCCAUGGAAGCUGUGGCCAGAAGGCAGGAGUUGGUUCAAAAACAAAAUAUUGCCAGGAUGGAAAUGGAAAUGAGUGCUAUUUUUCAACAAAAAGAAAUUGAGAAAGCACAUCGUAAAGGGCUACUGGGUUUGGAAGCACCUUUCCUCUACCAUGGAAUCCCAACUAGCCCAGUUGCUUUCCGUGGCAGGCACAGACUUCCUGAAGGCCACCUUCCUAGUGACCUAUAUGUUCAUCGAACCACCCUUGAUGACCUUCAUGGCAAUACCAUGCUCAUGGCAACCAGCCCGUAUCCUCCUAUCAGCAGCCUGCAAAGGGAAAGAGGCCGUCGGCCAGGGAGAAGAGCUGGGAAUCACAAAACUAGUGAUUGCAAUGCCAAUGGCGCCAAAAGCCAAGCUGAAGACAAAAAUGCAGACUCUGCUUCCACCACUGCCGAUGAGGAGAAAGAGGACAAGAAAGAAACAGAGCUUGAGAUGCUGAACAAACAUGAGCAAAGCAAAACCCAUGUUGAGCCAUCUGCUACGGCUGUGAAAAGCUGUAAAGAGUAUGAACACAGCCUGAGAAAAAGUUGUGUUACUCAUGAAAUUCCCACUGAAACAAAUGGCUGCAGCAGUGCAAAUGAGAAGGAUCCCAAUAACUCUUGCACAGCCUUUGAUGACAAGUAUCUGUAUCCUUCUGCAAUCCCAUUCUCAGCACUGCCAUAUAGCUUCCCAGUACCCAGCAAUCCAUUACUGCCUCCAGGAGCGCAUGGCCUGAUUUUGAGUGGAGAAGAUAUUUCUUCCAUUGAAGAUAUUCGCAAAUGGACUGUUGAUGAUGUAUACAAUUUUAUUAUUAGCCUUCCAGGUUGUUCAGAUUAUUCACAGAUAUUUAAAGAUCAUGCUAUUGAUGGAGAAACCCUGCCACUACUCACAGAAGAACAUCUGUUGGACACAAUGGGAUUAAAGCUUGGACCAGCACUAAAAAUUCGAUCUCAGGUGUCUCGGCGGCUGGGCAAUGUGUUCUACAUGAUGAAUCUUCCUAUGUCCAUGCCCCUUCCUUCUGCUACAGGCAAACCAUCAGAGCAGCCCUCCGACAUGGCCUCCCCUAUUCACUGCAAUAGCAGUGGUGAUACACUGGGCAGUCCCUGCUCCCAAGACCCAGAAACUUCAAAAACAGUGGAGCAGACUGUUUCGGAAAACAGGGAAAAUCCAUGUGACACAGCUGGAGUCCAGGCUGACUUUCAGAUGAUCAAUUUUCAGAAGAGCUGAGCUGGGUCCAACAUGUACAGUGUUUUCAGUAAUACAGUAGAACCCCUAUGUUACAAAUGGUUUCAAGGAACAUCUGAAACCUUCAUAAAACCAGGGAUGGUGAAAUAACCUCCAAAUGCAGCAGGACUCAGUA